UGGGGAGGGCUUAGUUUGUUCUCGUACGCCUGCGUGCUGCGGUGGGGGCGCGGUAGGGGCCGCAGCUGCCCGGCGACCGCAGCUCCCGCCUGACGCGUGCCCCCGUUUCCCGCGCAGCGUCGGCCGCCGGCCUCGCCACCAUGUUCAGCUGGGUGAGCAAGGAUGCGCGGCGCAAGAAGGAGCCCGAGCUCUUUCAGACGGUGGCCGAGGGGCUGCGGCAGCUGUACGCGCAGAAGCUGCUGCCGCUCGAGGAGUACUACCGCUUCCACGACUUCCACUCGCCCGCGCUCGAGGAUGCCGACUUCGACAACAAGCCCAUGGUGCUGCUCGUGGGCCAGUACAGCACGGGCAAGACUACCUUCAUCCGGCACCUCAUCGAGCAGGACUUCCCUGGCAUGCGCAUCGGGCCCGAGCCCACCACCGACUCCUUCAUCGCCGUCAUGCACGGCUCGGCGGAGGGUGUGGUGCCGGGCAACGCUCUCGUGGUGGACCCGCGCCGGCCCUUCCGCAAGCUCAACGCUUUCGGCAAUGCCUUCCUUAACCGGUUCAUGUGUGCCCAGUUACCAAACCCAGUCCUGGAGAGCAUAAGCAUCAUUGACACCCCAGGAAUCCUCUCAGGAGAAAAGCAGCGGAUCAGCAGAGGCUAUGACUUCGCGGCCGUUCUGGAGUGGUUUGCCGAGCGAGUGGACCGCAUCAUCCUUCUCUUUGAUGCCCACAAGCUGGAUAUCUCGGAUGAGUUCUCUGAGGUGAUCAAGGCCCUGAAGAACCACGAGGAUAAGAUCCGGGUGGUGCUGAACAAGGCAGACCAGAUCGAGACGCAGCAGCUGAUGCGGGUCUACGGGGCCCUCAUGUGGUCCCUGGGCAAGAUCAUCAACACCCCCGAGGUGGUGAGGGUGUACAUCGGGUCCUUCUGGUCCCACCCCCUGCUCAUCCCAGACAACCGGAAGCUGUUUGAGGCCGAGGAGCAGGACCUCUUUAAGGAUAUUCAGUCGCUGCCCCGAAAUGCUGCCCUCAGGAAGCUCAAUGACCUGAUCAAGCGUGCCCGGCUGGCCAAGGUCCAUGCCUACAUCAUCAGCUCCCUCAAGAAGGAGAUGCCCAACAUGUUUGGGAAAGAGAGCAAGAAGAAGGAGCUGGUUAACAACCUGGGAGAAAUCUAUCAGAAGAUCGAGCGGGAGCACCAGAUCUCUCCCGGCGACUUCCCGAAUCUCCGGAAGAUGCAGGAAUUGCUGCAGACUCAGGACUUCAGCAAAUUCCAGGCCUUGAAGCCCAAGCUCCUGGACACCGUGGACGACAUGCUGUCCAAAGACAUCGCUCGCUUAAUGGUGAUGGUGCGCCAGGAGGAGUCGCUCAUGCCCUCGCAGGCGGUGAAGGGCGGAGCCUUUGAUGGCACCAUGAACGGGCCCUUCGGCCACGGCUACGGAGAAGGGGCCGGAGAGGGCAUCGAUGACGUGGAGUGGGUGGUGGGCAAGGACAAGCCCACCUACGACGAGAUCUUCUAUACCUUGUCUCCCGUCAACGGCAAGAUCACCGGGGCCAACGCCAAGAAGGAGAUGGUGAAGUCCAAGCUCCCCAACACGGUCCUGGGGAAAAUCUGGAAACUGGCUGACGUGGACAAAGAUGGGCUGUUGGAUGACGAGGAGUUCGCCCUGGCCAACCACUUGAUCAAAGUCAAAUUGGAAGGGCACGAGCUCCCCGCUGACCUGCCCCCACACCUGGUCCCUCCCUCCAAACGGAGGCACGAGUGACGCUCGAUUCUUCCCUCGCCAGGAGGGCUGCUGCCCCCCUCUUGCCCCUCUGCUUCCCAGGGGGAGCAGAAGCUGGGGGGGUCCCAUUCUCAGUGCUCCCUUGCCGUGUCUGUUCCAUAAAGACCUAACUAACAGAUGGGUUUUUGCAGCUCUCGAAAAGGAAAGCCACCACUUAAAAAACAAAAAGAAAAGAAAAACUUAUUCCAAGCCUGGUGGGGAGACAGGGGUAGCGCUUGUCAAUGUUGGAAUUUUGUGCACAAGAACUAUGGAUAUUUUUAAUACAUGAAGGCAGUAUUCUUUCUUGCUCCCUCCCCGCCCCGUCCGUGGCCCCCUCCCGCCCCCACGUAGCCCAACAGAAGAGACCCCGCCAGGUUCCUUCCCCCUGGCUAGCCAGCUACACGGUAUUCCCAAAGAGUCCGCGGAAGGAGCUUCCUUCUGCCCCCGCCUGGCCGCACGCCACAAGCCCUCGACCCCCUCCUGGGGCCGUUGGUCGCUCUGAGUCCUCUAGGCCAGACCCCAGCGUGGAGGGGCCCGGCCUCCCCCUCCUCUGUCCUUGACUCCUCGUGGUACUCGUGCCUUCGCCCGCCCCUUGGCCCCACUCGGGCACUGUUGACUCUCCUUCCCCAGAGCCUCGCCCGUGUCACACCAGCUUCCAUCUCCCCGGGAAGUCCCCGAAGCCCCACGGGGUCACGUCUUCCGGGGAGAACCAGCGCCGUUCGGUUGCUUUGGUUUCCUCUUCGGCUCCGGGUCUGGCAGUUUCCGGCUGUUCUCGACGCCUUUCCCCAAGCGGCCCGAUCCAGGAGUCACUGAUGUCCCUGUUCUUCCGUUUCAGACCCUCUGAGUCAAGACGGCGCCCCCCGCGCCCCCAGGGUCGCAAGCUCUGCUCUUGGGGGUUUCCCAGAAGACCCAUCAGCAGUGAGCGCUCGGCGGCCCCAGGGGGCUUCCGAACGAGGAGACGAGGCCCGUCUCUGGGCCGCCAUGAGGAAGCCAUCGAUCGGCCCAUGAUCUGGUGUCGGGCAGGACCCGUGAGGCCCCCGGAGGGAGGAGCCGUGCCCUGCCGAGCCCCCAGAAAAUGGCGGCAGCGUUUUGGUUCCGAGGGGCUAAAUGUGGGGGGCGCCACUGUGGGGGGGCGCGUCGGGGGGCGCAGCUCUUAUUCUGAGGCUCUUAUUUAUAUUCAUGUGCAAAACGAACCUGAAAAGUCUCAAGAUGUUUUUUCUUGCAUUAAAAAAGGAGAAAUGGUGCCUAA